AUGACUGACACAGGAGUAGCCGCAGCGAAGCCGGUAGACGAUGGAAAGGAGCAAGCGGUCAUGACGAGGGUUGGGAGGCGCUCCGACUUUGGUUGGGAGGACCGUGGGUGGAAGUUCACCUUGGAGGAGCUGGAAAAUCCCCCCUUCGUCAAGAAGAGCAGCAGGAUGGGAUGCGGCCAAGUCGACCCCCUCUGGCGGGCGAAACAACUCCGUUACGACAAAGAGCACCGCGCGCAGGCGCACAAGCUCAUGUUGGAGAUCUGCAAGCGGCUGAAAACGAAGGCGGUGGUGAUAGCUGGGGCGAUGACAAUCUACCAGCGCUUCCUCGCACUAGUAUCCUUCACGGACAUCAACUUACAUGACACGGUGGCGGCGUCAGUCUUGCUGGCCAGCAAGGUGGAGGACUUCAAAAUCCACAUCAAGGACGUCCUCAUCGUCACAAACAAAGUCGCCAACUAUGCCAUCAUCGGGCGCUCGGACCCCUCGGAAGCGUACAAAAGAUUCAAAACCCGGGUGGUCAAAGUCGAGAACAAGAUUAUGAGUGCACUGGGGUUCGACUUCUUGAUCGAGCACGCCUACCCGCACGCCAACGACCUGAUCCUGCACUUUCAAAGAAUGGGCUGGGUACGGGAAAACAUGGGGGCCUUGAUCUCCAAGGGCUGCUGCCACCUGCUAAGUCAGAGUUUGAAGUGGACGAUGUGCCUCGAGUACCCCCCGACCUUCCGCGCGAGGCUAGCGACGUACCUAUCCCUGCUUGUCAACAACGUUCCGCCGCCACAGUCGGGCGAGUGGACGGAGGUUCUGCAGUUCAAGGACCCCGGCCAACUCGAGCGAGCGACGGAAGAAUGGCUGGAAACCUUGGACAACGACACAGGCAAAUCGGGCACCAAGAUCACUCGGCACCGCGUGACGAAGGCAUUAGCUAAGCAGAGAGACGACGCACAACGGAGAAAGAGGAUAGCUUCGGCGCUAGGCCGACCCUCGAUGACGACGAACAAGACGGUUGAUGGACGGCGGCCGUCGAUGCCUCCACCGCCGCCGCCGAAGGUAUUGCUAUUGCACAGUCGUGGGGCUACUGGCGGUGGUUUGACGUGCGGCAAGGUCUCGACCAAGGAUGGUUCUUCAUGCAAGGGCCAGCAGCGCGCAUCGUACUCGAGCAAACCACCCACGCACGCAUCGACUAGCAAGAGAAAACGAAUGGAGGCUGGCGCUGGCACUGCGAGCAACACCGCGGAGAAGCGACCUCGUCCGCGACCACCACUGCCCCGGGGGGUGCUCCCGAACAACGCUAGGUCGAGCUCAUCUUGGACUUCGAAGUCCGGACCGCCUGCUACCACGACCCAGCCGAAGGCGUGUACACCCCGGCCGCCAAGCACGCUCAAGCCCCGCCUGCCCAACACACCUAAGCCCCGCCCGCCGAACACGCCUAAGCCCCGCCCGCCGAACACACCUAAGCCCCGCCCGCCCACCACACCCCGGCCGCCAAACAUGCCCAAGCCACUGGGGAGGUCUACGCCGCUGCCACCCAACACGCCCAAGCCGAAGAAGUCGUUCACCCCCCCGCCCCCAAACGCCCCCAAGCUACCGGUGACUCUCGCAGCUAGGCCACCAAGCACGCACAAGCCCCGGCCACCCACCACGCCAAAGCCCCGGCAACCAAGCACGCCUAACCUGGUCAAGAAGCCAGCACCCCGGCCGCCGACCACCCCCAAGCCGCUUCAGACGUCUACACCCCUGCCGGUAACCACGACCAUCGGUCUGGAGUCGCUCACACCCCGACUGCCAUGCACGCCUAACCUGGUCAAGAAGCCAACGCCCCGGCCGCCGACCACCCCCAAGCCGCUUCAGACGUCUAAACCCCUGACGGUAUCCACGAUCAAGGGUCUGGAAUCGCUCACACACCGACCGCCGAGCACCCCCAAGCCGAUAAGGAUGCCCAUCACACCCCCGCCGCCAUGCACGCCGAAGUCACUGACGUCGUCUGCGCCCCUGCCGGUAAGCACGCUAAUGCUCCCGGUGACUCCUACACCCCGAACACCAAGCGCCCCCGAGCCGAAGUCUGAGCCCACAUCCUGCACAUGGCCGAAGCCGCCCUCGAUGCCUAAGGGGACCAACUCUGUGGCCCCGGCCGGCUCUUCUCGCCUUCCCUCCUACGGCAAAGCACCAAGGUCACCCUCGACGGCCCGCCCAAGCCCCCUCGCCAAAGCCCCACCGGCGACGAAGCCGAGACCUCUGCCAUGCCCGAGCCUCCCGUCGAAGACUCACCUUAGCCGACCCGACAGCAUUGGUGCCUCUGCGUUGACGAAGACUGGCCGCGCUCAAGACUCUGCCGAUGGCAGGCAGCAGUGCAACGGCGGGAGCAGUCAGAUGGCUUUCAAAGCGAAGGAGGAUGCAUGCAUGGAAUCUAACUGUGACGCUGAUUCGAUACGAGGCGGUGGUCUCGACGGCAAGGCCAUGGAUAGAAGGGAGUCCGGGAUAUUGGCACAGGAUGGUCGCGACAACAGGAAGCGGUCCCGUGACGAAAUUACGGAGGAUACCUCGGCCGCAACGCAGGGUAGCGGGGGCAAGAGACCUAAGACAGGCAGCGACUCGGAGGGUGCAUCAGGUUCCGAAGGUGAUUCGACGUCAACUUCAUCUCCUGGGAAGGCGGACGGCACAGACGAUGACGAGAUUGAGGAGGGAGAAAUUGUCGAGAUGCCUAGUCGGCCGGUGUUCGAGCGAGCAUGCGCUGCUUAG